ACAGAUUUUUUAUUUGCAGUGAUAUUGUGGAUGUGUUAUCGACUUCGUGCACUUUUCUUUGGUCCAACAUUGAUUUUAUUUGAAAAAAAAAUAUCGUAUUUAAUUUGAGGUUAGUUAAUGAACAUUUUCAACUCCAAACGAAGUACAAUGCAACACAGAAGGACGGAAGGGUGUUUGUCGUCUUGGUAGCUAAGAGGCCAUAACAAAGCCCGACCCAUUGCUAGCUGAUGGGAAGCUAAUUUUCAUACCAUAGCUGGAAAACUUUAAUGGCAGGCUGAUUCAGUAAAAGCAUUUGGUGGAAGUUUGAAAUUGAAGACCUUAAUUACCCCUGCCAUGGAAUUAUCUUUUUGCAAACAAAAUUAUUUUAGGACAAGAAGUUUUGUAAAUCUCUUUGGAGGCAGAUAGUUUUUUCUCUUCCCUGUGGCAUUAUGGGAGCAGCAUGUACUAGCCAACCAUCGAAGGUUAAUGUAACAGGAGAAGGCAAACUAUCUCCUAACAACAGGUCUGUCACCCACUCAGCUGGAGGAACAAGCAAUGGCAUAAGGAAUGCUGGAUCAACUUUUAAUAGACACAACAAAGUAGCUGCCUCAAAUAGUAUAACUGAUGGAAGACAACACAGUAAGGAAAAGGUUUUAGUAAAGAAAGGUUCAGGUGUACUGAAUGCAACUCCCAAAACAAAAGUCAGUGUUGUUGAUGAAAACAGAUCAGAUGUGGGAGAAUCCCAACCAACUUUAGGUGGAAGACUUGAGGCAAGUUUUGCAUCUUUAAGGCGGAGUUCAGCCACUCCUGAUUUGCUCAACAGCAGCAGUGUAUUUGAUCUGUCAGAGGUACCCCACAUCUCGUCUAAACCAAGCAGUGCAGGCUCAGUAUCAUCCUCUCCUCGUCUCAAGAGACCUCCUACCAAGGAAUCCCGCAGUGUCUCCAUCUGUGAAACAGAGAACUUUCUUCAACUCAAUCAGUAUAGACUUAUGGAUGAAAUUGGGAAGGGCUCAUAUGGAGUUGUUAGACUCUGUUACUCUGAUUUUGAUCAGACAAACUAUGCAAUGAAGAUCAUUUCAAAGAAAAGGGUGAUGAGAAAGGCUGGCUUACGACGUCCUAGUGAUAAAGGAAAGAACACAGGAUUGGAAAACUUGCAAAGAGAAAUUGCAAUUCUAAAAAAAGUUGAUCAUCCCAAUGUUGUGAGCCUCAAUGAGGUUUUGGAUGAUCCUACUGAGGAUAAUCUCUAUCUGGUGUUUGAGCUCAUGGAUGGAGGAGAGGUGAUGGAGGUCCCUGGGCCAGCCUUGUCAGAACAAAAUGCUAGGAAAUAUUUUGUUGAUGUUGUGCUAGGAAUUGAAUACUUACAUUAUCAAAAGAUCGUCCAUCGAGAUAUAAAGCCAUCAAAUCUGUUAUUGGGAGAAGAUGGCCAUAUUAAGAUUGCAGAUUUUGGAGUGGCUGAUGUCUUUGAAGGUGAUGAUGCUUUGUUAAAUAAAACUGCAGGCUCUCCAGCUUUUAUGGCUCCAGAAACUUUACAAAACUCACGGGACAAAUACAGUGGAAAAGCGGCCGACAUAUGGGCACUUGGAAUCACUCUUUACUGCUUUGUCUUUGGCAAGGUUCCAUUUGACGACCAAAAUAGGAUGGGACUGUACGAGAAGAUAAAGACUGAACAGCUGACCUUUCCUGAGGAACCUGUAUUAAAUCCCCAGUUAGAGGAUCUUAUUUUGAGAAUGCUGACGAAAGAUCCCAGUGAAAGAAUUACCAUACAACAGAUCAAGGAGCAUCCGUGGGUUACUUACGGCGGUAAACAUCCUCUCCCUACCACUGAAGAAAACUGUACUGUUAUUGAAGUCACUGAUGAUGAUAUUCAGAACAGUGUAAAGUCUAUUCCAAAAAUUAAGACCCUGAUACUUGUGAAGAGUAUGUUGAAAUAUCACACAUUUGGGAGCCAAGCAAAAAUAGAGCGAAUACGAUCACACUCACAACCAAACAUCGCACGAAAUGUAGAAGACAGGGAAAUUACAAAAAUAUGAUCCUUAUUUCAAACUGGAUUGUUCUAACGUCUGAUAACCCUAAAAACAUUACCCUCCGAGUGGGUAUUAGGAAGGACGGUGAGCAUGCAGGCUACAAUAUUCAUUUUGAUGAACUAUGCUUCUUUUUGUCUUGCCAUUUAUACGAUAUUAAGGCUUAUAGAUUCACCAGCUUUGUUUUUUGUAUAGAACUUAGUAAAGAACCCGUUACCAGCCAAGAGAGAAAACUGUUAAGUGUAUAUAAACAUGAGAACGAUGCUAAUGAUAUGGUUGAAUGAGAGAGAAAUUAUUCUUUGCACAAAAACAACCUUAAGCACAGAAAACUUACUGAGACUGUUUAGGAGAACCGAAGAGGGUCCAAUUUUGAAAGCACAUUUUAUCUGAAUCCCACGUCAAUGUUUUUCGGCACUGAAAACGAAAGCAUUUAUUAGGAUCACAACAUCUUUUUCGUUACCUUCAACUCACUUUGCGACGGAAAAUACAGAUAAUCCUAAAAAUACAAAAACAGUUACAGAUUUAAUUAGAGUAGUUAGGAUAAUUUAUCAAUGGAACGAAGUUGUAUUUAUUGAUUCUGUUAACGGGGCUGAAACACAAAGCCAGAAAGAGUUUUAAAGGUGAUGCAAAAUAUGUAUAGAUAUAGUUUGAAUAAAUGUAGCUAAGAUUUAUUAUAAAUUAUAGAUUCAUACACAACCACCAUGUACACAAAUGUAAGUCGGAAGUUGACAGCCCUCUGUUUUGUUACAUUUUCCGCGGGGCAGAGUGUGGUGGCUGCGAUUUUUUUCCCUUUAUCUAAAUCUCAGGCUUCUCCCAUCAUGCGUGUAGUUUUUGUGUGCCUUUGCCUUUCAUAAGCUUGAUACCAGAAAGGGAGGCUGUGGAAAGUCUAAAAAAGGUUUUAUACUGGAUAUAUAUCUCAAAGUAAAGAGAAUUGAAUGCACAUAUAAUUUUACUGUUAAGUAAUGACGUGUUUACAGCGUAUACAUGGUGGACUGGUUCGUUACUUUGUGCGUGUCUCAGUUCUGGAAAAGGAAACUAACAGGUAACCAGACCACUGAAAUCUACAUUAUUUUUCUCAGUACUUGAGAACUAUAUCACUGCAAUAUUUAUUUGAUUCAACUGGCCUGUUCAUAGCUUCUUCACAUGAAUAUCUAUUUUUAACAUUAUUUUCGUCGAUUUCUAAAUAUUCAGAAAUGGUUUUGCGAAUCAAAGUAUAGGUUCAGUUUUUAUCUUGUUAAUGGUAUGAAAAAAUAAAUAUUGUUUAUGGCUCUGGAUGUUUUGUUGUCUAGCGAAGCUUACUCAGCAUUUUUUAUCAGCGGUACGACAAAUUUCGGUUGAAAUCGUGAUUUUAAUGAUUUGGUUAUUCUCGUAGUGCUCCUCGCAGUCUUUGGUUUCGCUAAUAACUCUCGGGAACCGCAGUUCGAGAUAAAAUUAAAACACGGCUUAUGUAAUUGAACUAACAAAUCCGCAUCGCGUUUAUCUUUGGCCAUCAAAACUUGUAAAUGCCUUUACCUAUUAACAAGUGUUUCCUCAUUGAGCAAACACGCGUAUAUUGUUGUAGCUUGAUGCUUUUUGGGUGAGUAAACAAUUGUCGGAUUUAUUAUAACGUCAGUUUAUUUGCAAGCUAGGAUUUCUCCAGGAUCCCUUCUAUAUUCCAAAUGCCUUUCUUCCUUCUUUUAGGUUUUUCUUUUGAUUUUUCGUGCGCAGUGCAGAUACCAGUCUUCUGGAACAUUUCAAACUCAUAGGAGUUCACUGUCCACUCUGCUUCAUCAGGGUCAGAGGCAAUCUCGUCCAUGGUUCUCUCAACAUACGUAGCGUGUCCAUUGGCAUCAACUAACAUCACUGUGUUGGUU